AGCCUGUGAUCGGCCUAUUUAAAGGAUGCCCGGUGGGAUGGAGACACACAGCCUCCGUCCUCCAGCCUCUGACCGCUCUCCAAGCACAUGAAGACGGACGGAGGGACGCAGACGUUCGGCGGCAGGAAGCAGAGUCUGAUCGAGGAUGCUCGGCGGGAGCGCAGCGGCUCGUCGGGCUCUCCGGGGCCCUCCCGGUACGGAGACGGCUUCGUGUUCGAGGAGAAGCAGGGCAGAGUCACCGUGAACGUCCUGUUUGCCCUCACCGGGGGCAAAAACGCAGGGUUCUUCAAAACGGGCAAAAUAUUUGAGACGUUUGAAGCCAAACUCCUCCAUAUUGAGAGUCGACCAGGCAGGAAGUUGAAGAACAGCACGACAGACCUGGAGUUCUUCAUGAAGUGUGAAGUUCACAGCUCCGACCUGGACGUGUUCAUCAACUCCCUGAAGAGAGUGGCUGACGAUGUCCGCUCCAUACCGGAGGAAAACGUUCCCUGGUUUCCCCGACAGAUAAAAGACCUCGACAGAUGCAACAUGUUAAUAACCAAAUUUGAUCCGGACAUGGACCAGGACCAUCCGGGAUACAAUGAUUCAGAGUACAGAAAAAGACGGGCUGCCAUCUCUGAGCUGGCCUUCAGAUACAAACAAGGAGAGCCGCUGCCCACAGUGGAGUACACAGCAGAGGAAAUAUCAACAUGGCGGCAGGUCUACCAGCAGCUGCGCAGUAUUUACCCCAGUCUGGCCUGCAGACAGUUCCUGGACGGCCUGCAGCAGCUGGAGAAGGAGUGUGGCUACGGAGACGAACAAAUCCCUCAGCUCCGAGAGAUCUCUGCCUUCCUGAAAGAGAAAACUGGUUUCCAGCUGCGUCCAGUCGCCGGCCUGCUGUCAGCCAGAGACUUCCUCGCCAGUUUGGCCUUCAGGGUGUUUCAGUGCACUCAGUACAUCCGACACUCCUCUGCUCCUAUGCACUCCCCUGAACCAGACUGUUGUCAUGAACUACUUGGUCAUAUUCCCAUGCUGGCAGACAAAGAAUUCGCCCAGUUUUCCCAGGAGAUUGGACUCGCCUCACUUGGAGCGUCAGAUGAGGACACUGAGAAACUCUCAACGUUGUACUGGUUUACUGUGGAGUUUGGCCUCUGUAAGCAGAAUGGAGCGGUGAAAGCUUACGGCGCUGGACUCCUGUCCUCUUACGGAGAGCUUGUUUACGCUCUGUCAAAUGAACCGGAGUACAAACCCUUCAACCCCGAGGAGACGGCGGUGCAGCCGUACCAGGACCAGACCUACCAGCCCAUUUACUUCGUGUCUGAGAGCUUUGAGGAUGCAAAGAUCAAGCUGAGGAAAUACUCUGCCAACAUCAAGCGGCCCUUUGCAGUCCGCUACGACCCCUUUACCUGCAGCGUGGAGGUUCUGGAUCAGCCCAGGAAAAUCCAAAACGCCCUUAGCCAGAUGAGAGAAGACCUGAAGACUCUCCACAGCGCCUUGGAGAAGCUCAGCUCAUCUUAAAACCAGAAACAGACGAUAAAGUCAUACAGUGGUGGAAAAACAAGCUUUCCGACACCCUUAAAAUUUUACACCAUCUCAAAUAUUACCAUGAAAUAUUUGUAGGAAAAUCUUUUUUGAGGUUUCAAAAGGUGUGGCUGCAUUAGACCAAAAAAAAGCAAAAUAGAAACAAACAAAUGCAAAUUUAUAUAUAUUUUUUGUUUUUGUUUACAAGAAAAACUAAAUUCUUGACAGUUUCAACAUGUCAGUUCUCAACAUUGUUGGUAUCAGAGUCAACAAAGAACAGAGAAUGUGUUCAAAACUGAACCAACAAUAAAUAAACCAUCACAUCAUCAGGGUAAUAGUAGUCCUGCCAUUAGCAGCAGCAGAGCUUUCAUCCCAAUGAGCCUUUCUCACUAUUAAGGGCUAAUCUGGUCCCAUUCUUCUUGAAUUACUGCUGUUAAAUCUUCUAAAUUCUCUGGUUAAUGCUGAGAAACAGACCUUUUGAUGAUCCACCACAGAUUUUCAAUGGGGCUCAUGUUCAGGGGUUGAAAUGGCCACUUUAAGGCCUGGAUACUGAGCUUCUGCAGCUCUACUGGUCCUGGAUGUGUUCAAGGAGCAUUAUCUGGUAGGAACAUCCAGUUUGACCUCGAUGGAACAGAGCAUGUGUGGAAGAGAGCUUGUGGGUUUGGAGAAUGGAACAAUACUUGACAGAGUUCAGUGUGAGAUGACCAACACAAGCAGCACUCAUGCGUCCCCAAACCAUGAUACUGCCUCCACCAUGCUCUACAGUAGGUCCUGUACAUUAUGGAGAAAACGCUUCCUCUGACCUUCUGUGUAGCCUCACAUUAGGAGGAGGAAGACAAAGCAGGAAACUGGACUUAUCUGGCUGUCCAGUUCUUGUGUGUCUGGGCUCAACGACGCCGGGCUAACCUCUGUCCGUCAUUGAUCAGGGGCUUCUUGACAGCCUUGUAGGACCUUCGGCCAUGAUCUAAAACGAUCGGGUGGAACACUGGACACCAGUUUGGUUUGACCACUGCUGCUGAAGCUCCUGUGAUGUCAUUCCGCAGUUUUUCCUGCAUAUGUGGAUCAGGAUCGGUCACUUCUUGAUGAAGAAACCCUUGGAAAAGCAGGACCUUCAUUAGCGGAUCACUGGUACCUAAAUGACCCAUCAGUCCAUCCAUCCACCAUCUAGACACCGCUCAAUCCUCAUUAGGGCCAUGGAGGGGCUGGAGUCUAUCCCAGCUGACUUAGGGCGAAGGCAGAGGACACCUGGACAGGUCACCAGUCUAUCUAGCAGAAAGAUCACGGGAAGGUCGGGAGUCGAACUCAGGAUCUUCUAGUUGCACGGAUAGCCACCAUGCCACAGCUCCACCAAAAUGACCCAAUCCUCAAAAUUUGUUAUGUAUUGUUAUGGAACCAAUCAAUUUCAAGUUUUUAAUGACUUUCUUAGGAUUUGUUUAGUAUUAUGGCUGUGAUUGUACUGAAAGAAAUUUCAUUUGAAGACCUAAGAGUGACUCUUAUUACAAAUUUUCACAAAUGCAUGGGGUGUCUGAAAACUUUUUUGAUUGGACAUUUGACCUGUGUAGGCUAAAUUCUGUACAUGAGAUCAACACAGAAAACCACCAUGUAGUUGGAUUAGUGAGCAUCCACUGGGGCAUUUACUGACACGUAUAAUGUACUAUGUAAAGAAAUAAACACUUAUUUUCAUGAUAGUAUGGAGGUUAAGCCCAAAAAUAGGCUUUUGACUUCAAGUCAUGAUGCAAAGGUCCCCUUUGGUAUGGAAGUACCUUAGGGUCAUACAAAUAAAUUUACCCUAAGAAACAAGUGAGAUCACCGUUUGUAUUGGAAAUAAACACAUUCUUUUCAAAAAUGGC